GCGAAGCUGGGUUUUCCUCUCGCCGGCUUCGGUAUUUUUUUCAGUGACAGUGACAGAACUCAACACUUGAUCAUUUUACCUCAGCCUACUUGUCCUCCCCCUCCCUAUCAUGUCAGAUUUUGACCCUCCCUACGGCUACCCUCUCCGCCGUAACGGCUCCUGUCUCAGCACCGAGAAGAACUGCGGCAAAACCUGGGACCCCUGGUACCGAUGCUGUCCCUCAGGUACCUCCUGCGAAGAUAAUUGUUGCCCGGAUGGCGUAGACUGCGGGCAACGACUCGGACAAGACCCCCAUUGUGCCAACGACACGGCCACGCUCUAUCGGGCCAAGGGUAGCGAAGACGACAGUCCGGCAUCGGGUUAUUUCUGCUGUGUUGAUGGCACUAAGGCGUUUCAGGAUGAUCGGACUUGGGUAGGAUGUGCGGAUUCGUGGGAGUCAUUUAACGCGAAUGAUUCAUAUACAGCGGCGUUGUCUAUUAGUGCACCUGCUUCGACUAGCACGAGUGCCACGAUUUCAUCAAUGUCAGCAUCCACGGCCAUGGCCACGGCCACUGCUACGUCUGACGCAGACUCAUCAUCUUCGUCCUCUUCUUCUACCAAUACCGGCGCCAUCGCUGGCGGUGUCGUUGGAGGUGUGGUUGGAGCUGCACUGAUACUCGCCUUGCUAUGGUUUUUCAUCCAUCGUCGUCGGAAGGCAGCGGCAGCAUCACAAACGGCGCCUGGGCCGCAUAUGGCCGGAGACAUGGGAUAUAUUCCCUGGGCACAGGCUCCGCAGCAAAGGAUACAGGAGUUGGAGGAUGCCAAGCAGCCGCAGCCGCCAGCGCCGUUGCAGGAGCUCGAGGGUAAUUCCGAGCAUCAGGUUCAUGAGUUACCGACCAGUCACCGGUGAUGAUGGGUAGUGUCUUGAUUUCGCUGUUGAUAUCGUUUGGAGAAGAUGUUCAAAAAUGACAAGAUGGAGUACAUGGAGUUAUGGAUGAGUUAUGAGUUCUAGAUGGAUAGUUUGGAGUGAUCUAGCCGGAUUUUUUAUCAAGCAAGUCUACUGUAAGUAAUGGAGAUAUCACCUACUACCUUAAUUGACAAUAUAUAAUGCCAGCGGCCUCCGUCCAGGGCUCACAACAUUCCACAAACCCUCCUCGUCACAUCAUCGUCACCAAUUCUUGUAUUUCUUAUCUAGU